AAGUUGGCAGCCCUACAUUUGACAGCUAAAUAAAUAUGGUUGUUGUUAUGCUGUGAGUGAGAUAAAUUUUAUUUAUAUGAUUUUAAUACAUGAAAAGUGUUUUAUUUGAAGUGAAUUAAUUUAUAAUAAAACUGAAAAGAUGGCGACCUAUUGCAACCAGCAUUGGUUACUUUCUCAUAUACGCAAUUCGUUCAUUUCUACGGAUGAUACAGGAAUGUGUGAGACAGUUAUGUUGAGCAAUGAUAUGCCCAAGCAUUAUUUGCGUAAAUACCAAACCACAUCUGUAACAAAUAACGUUGCGACUCAAAAUAGACCACCACAACAAAGAAAAUCUAUUGGAAAUAAACAACAGUUACAAGAAGUGGUAGAUCCGACACUACAUGAAAUAGAUUUUGUCUGCUAUCCCGGGUUGGACCAAAGUGAUGAUGAAGAUAUGGAUUUAACUGCACAAUCUUUCGAAAUACAAAUGUAUCCCGAAAUAUGGGCACAAAGGUUCCGCUCAAAUACCGCCCAAAAAUUGGAAAAAAUGGACGAAGCUCGUCGCAACGCUGCAAAAAUAAAAUCGGUUAACUAUGAAGACGAAAUUGUUCCUCCAGAGCGGAAUGAUUUCUUUGUUAAAAAAACUGUGCAAAAAUCAUCGGUGCAGAACGUGAAUAAUGUAGAAAAUUUCGACAAAAGCAUUGACGUAACUGAUGAUGCUGGUGGUGGCGGUGAUGGUAACUCAGUUGUGAAAAGUAAACUUGCUUUACAAUUAGCUAAUAGUCCAAAGCAAGCACAAAACAAAUUUAUUGAAUAUGCGCGCUUUGACGGUACUUCCCAACGGGGCAUACAAACUAAACGCAUUGGUGUGUUUUUGAGUAUGUUGCCCGAGCGAGAACGAAAUUACCCCAUAAAAAUUUGCGUUCUUGCUAGUGCUAAGAUUUUUGAGGUUAUUGGACUAGUUUGCUAUAAAGCAACAAUACAGCACCCGAAGAUUCCAUUAAAAUCUAUCCGACACUAUGCUCUGUAUAUAACGGAAGAUAAUGACGCUAUGGAAGAAUUUCCACCUCUUGAUGAUAAAGAACCAUGUUCUAAAUUUGGAUUUUCCCAUCUAACUUUAGCAGAGCGUCGGCCACUGGCGCAGGUAACACGCAUUGAGUACACCAACAUGGCUACCAAAUCAAUGACUUCGGAGGAAGAUAAAGCAAGACUGGCAGCUGUACAGGCUGUGCAAGGUAUGGAACCUACGCUCAGUUCUGGUGCCGACGAAGAGGAUUCCAAUUGUGCUACUAACAUCAACAAUGAUGAUUAUGAGGAACGUAUGAUGAGCCACAAUGAUAUGUUGGAAGCACCCAUGUAUCGCACUUAUCGUUUGAACAUAAUUGAAAAACCUUUCUUCCGACGGGAGGUCACAUUAGGAAUUUCUGGAGAGCGUAUCGAAAUUGACCACCAUAAGAAUGCAAAAUUUUGGACCAAACAAAAGGCAGUUACGUAUCCAAUUGAUGUGAUUGCUUCUUGCGAAAUUGUGGAGAGACGUAAUUUAAAAGCAACAAUUCGGAUUUGGUUAAAAGCAUCAUCUUCAUCGGCGUCUGUGAAUAGUUGUAAAACGUCCAGCGAACUAAAAUCAGCAACACAUGGCACAGAAAGUAGUGGCGGUGCAACGCCGCAUUCUCCCACAAGCCCCGGUCAUCAUCUACACAUUUCGUCACCAUUUGCUUUAUUUUCAACCAAUUCCAGCAGUGGUGGUAGCACCACCGGUCAUCACUACUCCCACAUGCGUUUUAAGCAUUAUGAUUUUGAAGCUGACACCCACACCGCAGAACAUAUUCUCAACAAAUUAAGUUGCAUACUGAAAGUGAGAUCCAGUGAGGUUCGUCGCGAGUUCCUGCAGUCAAGAGAACGGAAGCUGGAAAAAAGCCAAGCAAAGAAACAGUUAAAAAUGUAGUAUCUGCCCUUAUACUGGAAUUGUUUUCAUGUGAUUUUGGACUGCUAUUCGAUCGAGAGUUGCAGACAGCACUCAUUUAUUUCCCUAUUCAAAACGUCAAAGAUGCAGUUUCGAAAUUAAUAACGCACUCAUAUUUCCAAAGUUGUUAAAUUUAAUUUUUUUUUAUACUAGGUUAAACCAUAUUAGGCUAAAUCGAUUUAAAAUAUGCACAAGAAACCCGCGUAAAAUAUUAUUAUUUAAAUUAUUUGCUUACUUAAUUUAAAAUGCAUUAUUUUAAGAUAUGUACAUACAUAAAAUACAUGUUUAAGUAUAUUCAAAGUACGUGUUGUAAAACCCCGUCAUACGGUAAAAAUAAAGGUGCUAAAUGUGAAA